AUGCGCACCGAGUCCAGACUUGGAUUUCAGGCGGUCUGGGUGGACCCCGCGCAAGACUUCGAGCGAGCGUUUACGUUGUUUUAUUACCCCGAGGAUGGCGACGUGGAAUUGAUUGAGGAUAAACGAAAGAAAGCAUUUUUGCGGAAAUGCGCGCCGGAAACGCCGAUCGCGCUGGACGAGCUAUUCAUAGGCGCGACGGUGACGAUUUGGUCGAGGCGGUUGACCGUGCGCGGGUACGCGGACGAACGCACGGCGACGGCGAUGAAGACGAAGCGCGAGGAAUCGUUCGCCUUGGUGUCGAGUGAAAACGUGUGCCGCAUCGGUAGAAUCGUGCACGCGAUGCAGGAGAACGGGUUGACGAUCGCAGAGAUGAAGACGGUGGCGUUCGGGACGAGUCGGUUGGAAGAGCUCGAGACGGCGCUGCCGAGGAACGCGAGGGCGCUCGCGUCUGGGACGUCGUGCGCGAUACGCGCGAUUGGAUGCGAGGCGAAUGCAAUUUUGGCCAGAUUAUUCGCUCACACGAACGAUGUGGUGCGAUCGAUGGACGAAGAGCACGCUCGAGCGUUAGGAGAGCUGGCGACGGGAUCGUCGUCGAAAUCACCCACCGAGCAUUCGUCGCUCGUCGUGGUCAAACCCAGCGGUAUGGCGCAUCUCGGAGCGAUUUUAGAUUUCCUGUGCGAGAAGAAAGGACUGGAUUUAAUCCAGGCUCGAACAUUAGCGCUAACGCGCCUCGAGGCAGAGGCAUUUUACGCCGUUUACGUGGACGUUUUAGACAAGGAAGAGGUGAAGAUGAUGAUCGAUGAACUGAGUUGCGGCGCUUGCGUGGCGCUGCAACUCUCGCGCUUGAGGUCCCCGGAGACGCUCGUGGACGACAUCAGAGAAAUCGUCGGACCGAGAGACCCCGAAAUUGCCCGCGUGUUACGUCCCGAAUCCCUUCGCGCGCGUUUCGGGGAGGACAAACAGCGCAACGCCGUGCAUUGCGCCGACUUGACGGAAGACGGCGAGCUCGAAGUCGAUUUCAUGUUCAACCUUCCGCGUCGCACCAGCGUCGUGGCGUGA